AUGGCCCUAAACCCAUUCCUGCUGGAGUAUGAUCAACACGUUCUAGCCACCGUCAAGAUGGGCGGUCUGUACAUUGUGAUACAUCUCAUGCUUGGAGUUGUGACUACCUUCACCUCGCGCAUGUCCCCCUUGCGUGUGCUAACCAUGGUGGCCAUUCUGGGACUUGCCGUAUGCAUUCAAAUUGCCGCUCAUCACACGACUCAGGUCCCCAUCCCUGUACGGGGCAUCCUGGCGAUGGGCGCCUGGAUUCAGGUUUUCAACAGCCUUGACAUUCUACUGCACUCCCGCAUCAGCUACACAGAGCACGUAAAGUGGAAGAAGGGGCGGGAGUCAGCUAGCUUUGGGGACGCCAUAUGGUUCGCCUUGACACUUCCCAGUAACUUCCGUCGUCUCGAUACCAAGUGGCAGAUUGCGGUGUAUCGCUUCGAUAGCACAGCGGGGCGGGUUUGCCGAAAAUCACGAUUCGUUCAGCAGGGAUUUCAAAGCAUCUUCUACGUUCUCUGUAUAGCCGUCUUGCAAUUUCUGGUCGGGUCCUACUUGCACCGACUCCCCAAUCAAGGCGAUCUUUUUUCCCUCCUGGAACAGAACAGUCUCUUGUCCAUCCGCUCGGGGGAAUCUUUCCUUAUUCACGCCCAUAUCAGUUUCUUCUUUAUUACGACCCUCUUCCUAUUACUAAAGGCUGUCUAUACCAUUCUUGCGGUUAUCGCAGUCCUAUUCAAUGUAUCAUCUCCCGCGCAGUGGCCCCCAUUUCAAGGAUCGGUUCGCGAAGCGUGCUCAGUUCGCAGGUUCUGGAGGUGGGUGCCCACAAAGCUAAGUGACCAGUUCUGGAUUGUCCGCAAUUGCUCCGUGCUGGGUCUUCACCCGGGCACAAUCACCUCUCGCUAUGUGCGCUACCUGUCCUGCUUCUUAAUUUCCGGUCUGAUUCAUCUGUUUUUUGAUCUGGCGAUCGGUAUACCUCUAAAUAAGACAGGUGCCCUGGUGUUUUUUCCGGUUCAGCCUCUUGCCUUUGCACUAGAGGAUGUGGCUGGGGCCCUAUCCAAGAGAUAUCCAGUUCUGGAAGGGAUUACAAGUGCGAAGAGAUUGAUUGGAUAUGUCUGGGUGUUGCUAUUUUGUCUCUGGAGCUGGCGUCCAUGGGCGUAUCCGAUCUUGAAAAGGUCCCUGGAGAUUGGGGAGCCGAUUACUUCGACCUACUUCCAUGUCAAGGUCUCAUAG